UUUCAACCAUUCUUCUGAUCUUUCUAGAAACACCUAAUAAACCAUCCGCAAUUUGUAUUCUGACUUGAGAAUAUCCACAAACCACAUUCACAAAUCACCGACGACCUUCUUAUUCAUCUAAUGUCGUUUUUACUUGAUUCGCUACUUUAACCCCGGCGGAACAAACCCCGCUGCCUCCCGAAACCUGCGACUCUGCACUAAUACCCAGUGGACAUCGCCAACCACAUCCAACAUAUUACAUCUGAUCAACCUUCCAAACAACCCAUGAUCAAACAUGAGCGAAUUCCUACCUCCAAGCGGUCCUCCGCCCCCAAAAGUCCCUGAAGGAUAUAAAGCAGUAUGGAACGACCAGUACAAAGAAUGGUAAGUGCCUUUCUACUAACACUCACUCCGGUAUCACAAGCUAACCACUCCCAACAACCAGGUUCUACGUCAAUAUCUACACCAAGAAAUCACAAUGGGACCAACCCACCUCGCCCGUCUAUCCUGAAGGCGAAAGCGCACCGCCAGGACCGCCUCCAGGAUAUUCAGGAGGAGGAACGACGCUGGGAGUCAGCGAUGCGAAAACCAAUCCCUACGACAGCCACGGCAAUAAUUUCAAUAUAGAAUCGGACGCCGCACUCGCAGCCCGUUUGCAAGCGGAAGAAGAUGCCCGCGGUUCAUCCUCUGCGCCAAAUCGGGGCUCCCAGAAUGAUUAUUAUAAUAAUAGUAGUCCGAUGCCGCAGAUGCCGCCGCAGCAGAAUAGUUAUCAGGAUCAAUCACUUCCGCCGAGAGACCAGAAGAAGUCGGGUGGGUUUCUGGGAAAGCUUUUGGGAAAGGCGAGUGGAAUGGCAGGUAGUAAACCGGGGUAUGGACAUCAGCAGUAUCCUCAGCAAGGUUAUCCGCAACAAGGAUAUCCACAACACGGCUAUCCGCAGCAGGGCUACGGUUAUGGUCAGCAGGGUAUGAUGGGUGGUGGAAUGAUGGGAAAGCAGAAGAAACCGGGAAUGGGAGCUGGUGGUGCUGGUAUGUGUUUUGGUUGAAUGAAGCUUUGCGUUUGCUAACGAGUUUGUAGCUGCUCUUGGUGUUGGUGGUGGUCUUGUUGGUGGAAUGCUGCUUGCAGAUGCGAUGGAUCAUCAUGAUCAGCAUGAGUACCAGGAAGGCUAUCGUAAGUUUUCGUUCUAUUCAAAACAUUUUCGAACGUAUUAACGGGAAAUCAGAGGAUGGCCAAGCCGGCGAUUACGGUGGAGACGAUGGAGGAGACUUUGGAGGAGACGAUGGUGGAGAUUUCGGAGGCGACUUUUAA